ACAAAACACGUUUUUUUCCCACUGUGUUUUAUUUUUUAAUUGACAAAACUACACAAUUAUGACUUCUUUAUUACAUAUAACAUAAUUCUAAGAUGCUGCUGAGGUAAAACAUUAUUCGGACAUAGCUUUUUGGUCAGGCCAUCUCUACAGCUUCCAAUGUUUGGGACCCUCCAGAUGAGCCGCCAUGACUAUAGUAAUUGGAUUUGAGGGAAGUGCCAAUAAGAUUGGCAUUGGAAUCAUCAGGGAUGGUGAAGUGCUGUCCAACCCGAGACGGACCUACAUUACCCCCCCUGGUCAAGGUUUCUUGCCGAGUGACACCGCCAGGCACCACCGUGCUGUCAUUCUGACUGUCCUGAAGGAGGCGCUGGAGCAAGCAGGGCUGAAGCCUGCAGACAUCGACUGUGUGGCAUUCACCAAAGGUCCUGGUAUGGGCUCUCCCUUGGUGACGGUGGCUCUGGUGGCUCGUACAGUUGCCCAGCUGUGGGGGAAGCCGCUGCUCGGUGUGAACCACUGCAUUGCACACAUUGAGAUGGGCCGACUCAUCACACAAGCCGACAACCCCACCGUGCUUUACGUCAGUGGAGGAAACACACAGGUUAUUGCAUACUCUGAGCGGCGAUACAGAAUCUUUGGGGAGACCAUCGACAUCGCAGUUGGCAACUGCCUGGACAGGUUUGCUAGAGUUAUAAAGAUUUCCAAUGACCCCAGUCCAGGAUACAACAUCGAGCAGAUGGCUAAAAAAGGGAGUCAGUAUGUGGAGCUACCAUAUACAGUAAAAGGAAUGGACGUCUCAUUUUCUGGGAUUACCUCUUACAUUGAGGAAGCUGCUCACAAGAUGAUCAGCUCGGGUCAGUGUUCAGCAGAGGACCUGUGCUUCUCCCUGCAGGAGACGGUGUUCUCCAUGCUGGUGGAGAUCACAGAGAGGGCCAUGGCUCACUGCGGCUCCGGAGAGGUCCUGAUAGUGGGGGGUGUUGGCUGUAACCUGCGUCUGCAGGAGAUGAUGGGGGUGAUGUGUAAGGAGAGAAAUGCCAAGCUUUUUGCCACAGAUGAACGGUUCUGCAUUGAUAACGGAGCGAUGAUUGCUCAAGCUGGCUGGGAGAUGUUUAGGUCCGGUCAGGUGACGGAGCUAGAAGACUCGUGGAUUACUCAAAGGUACAGAACAGAUGAAGUGGAGGUGACAUGGAGAGACUGAGCCACAUCUUGGUGCUACACACGCUGCUGCAGCAGGUCUGUCGUAGGACCCCGAAAUAUUAAAGCAUUUUGUUAAAAAAGACCCACAGAUUUAUUUUUUAAUUUACUACGCUACAGUUGACUUGUUUAAAACAUCAUCACAUUGCUGAGGCAACGAGUGUAACAGUGGCAGAUGCAGUUUGAGAACGUUAUCAAUCACACCUUUUUUUUUUUUAAGGAAAACACAGCUAAGCAGGUCCACUUGCCAUGAAGAACACCCCAGUUUCUUUUUAUGUUCAGUCAUGUUCCACUUGUAAUUGUCAAAGAGGAAAAUAUGUUUUUACUUUGCCAUUAUGUACAGCAAUAAAUCUGACCUUUUAAAUAAAUACAAAAAGAGUAGAAAAUGU